AUAAAUUAUUGGUUACAGGUUAACAUGUUGGCAACGUUGGUAAUUGUUGAUUUCGGUGUUAUAUGUUCCAUGUCAGUAAAAUUAUAAAAAGAAGAAAUAAUUAUCCAGCCACCUAAAUACUUCAUCAGGAAAAUAAUCAGAAGAAGAACGAGUAAAAUCAAAACAAAUGGUGUGUUUCCGGUUAAUUUUUUGUUUAGGUCCUAGUUUUUUAUCAAAUUUUUUUAUAACUUACUGAAUUCCGAAUAAAAUCUUCAUUUAGAAUAGAAAGGUCCAACUGUUAUCGAGUUACUUAAAUUAAAAAAAAAUGGCAAUUCUACCACCAGACCCCGUUUUUUGCUUCAGAGAAGACAUGGGCCAUGUACACUGUUUAAGUUUUUGCGUUCGUAGUUCUAAUUUUGUUUCGCAUAUUUUGGCUGGAACUGAAAAGGGUACCGUGUAUUUUUGUGAUUUAGAGACCAAUCGGAUGCAGCAUAAGCAAGAAAUGGGCGAAUCAAUACAAUCACUACAUAGUUUUGAUUUCAAAAUUAUCACCCAAGAAAAAGAAGGUAUAUUAAAAUUAUGGUCAGUUAAAAAAAGUUCCUAUCAAGUCGACAGAACCCAUAAAUGCGCCCCCGGUUUUGGCAGAAGUAUAUUAGUCGAAGAAGCUUUGUUCGUUCCUCAAGAAAAUAGUUGUGUGGAUGUUAUAGACCUUGAUAAUUUUGAAAAAAUUAAAAAACUGUCGCCUGAGAGGGAAAAUUUGGGCAGCGUCAUGGCUUUGGAACAAGUUAUUAUUGGUAAUACUACUUGUAUCAUGGCUGGAUAUGAAACAGGUGAUGUAAUUUUAUGGGACAUGAACACAUUCCAGCCCUGCGGGCACAUCAAACUUCAAGAUCAAUUGACUUCAUUAACAUUUGAUUCAUUAACAAAAACAGGCGUGGCUGGCGGUGCUUCCAAUUUUUUACAAUUAUUUACUAUCAACACCUCGUAUGAAUUUGCUGUUAAAUUGGAACUAUCUAUCACAAAUAAAGGUUGUAGUAUUGUAAAACUACGUCCCGAUAGAAAGAUUCUAGUCGCAGGAUGUUGGGAUAGCAAAAUAAGAUUGUUUUCUUGGAAAUCCCUAAGGAUUUUGGCCGUUUUGGCUGAGCACAAAGAAUCUAUAACGGACGUCAAAUUUUCUCCGCUACCUGUAAAUUAUUGGAAAUCUAAUAUAAUGGCCGCCAGUAGUUCCGAUGGAGUCAUAAGUUUAUGGAAUGUGUAUAAUUAAAUUUCUGAGGCGUAGAUAUGUAAUAAAAAAAAACUGAUGUCUUAAAAAAUUAAUAAUUACUACAUUUUAUUCAAUAAUUUAAUAAUUACCUUUUAAAAUAACGAAUGAGCUUCAAUACAGC